CCGCCGUAGCCGGAACUGCUCCUGUGCGCCGCGGGCCGGGCCUCUGUGAGGCUGAGCGGCCGCAGCACCGGCGCCCGCAGCCCCGUCAGCCGCACGCCGGCAGCGGAGGGGACGUGCCGGGGCGAGGACCGCUCGGCGACUGCUUCCAAGGCGGGAGGACCACACCGGCGUUGCGGCCUCUCAGCAACUGGCGCUCGGGGGCCGGGGCUGCCCGACAGGACCCAGGGGGGCCCGGGAAUCCAGGCUGCUGCGAGGCUUUGAUGAAAAAGGAUGACAGUGAAGUUGGGAGACGGCGGCGGCGGGGAGGAAGGGCUCAAGAGGCUGGGCAAGAGGUCGGCCGAUGAGGACUCGCUGGAAGGAGAGGGGCCCGGCGGUGGGGACGCGGCCGAGGAGAGCGGUGGCACAAAGAGGGACGGCAAGACCCCCCGGGACGGCGGCGACGGCCCCCAGGCCCCCUCGGGCGGCCCGCAGGCCCCGUCCCCGCCGCCCGCCUGCCCCCAGGACCAGCACCACUUCCUCAGGUCCAGCGUGAGGCCGCAGAGCAAGAGGCUCAGGAAGGACUCGUCCUGCGCCGGGGGGAGCAGCAGCGCGGGCAGCUCAGGGCCCCGCGGAAAAGGAGCUGACGGUGGCGGAUCAUCAGCUGGAAAUGGGUCCGGGGUUGCCCCCGCCGCCCCUGCAGGGGGCUCUCGCUCCUCCUCCCGGAACUUAGGGUCUUCAGGUGGUGAGAAGGAAGAAGGCAAGAAGGUGCGGCGGCAGUGGGAGUCGUGGAGCACGGAGGACAAGAACACCUUCUUCGAGGGGCUGUACGAGCAUGGGAAAGACUUUGAAGCGAUCCAGAACAACAUUGCUCUGAAAUACAAGAAGAAAGGCAAGCCCGCCAGCAUGGUGAAGAACAAGGAGCAGGUCCGGCACUUCUACUAUCGCACAUGGCACAAGAUCACCAAGUACAUCGACUUCGACAACGUGUUCUCUCGCGGGCUGAAGAAGUCGUCCCAGGAGCUGUAUGGCCUGAUCUGCUAUGGGGAGCUGCGCAAGAAGAUCGGGGGCUGCAUGGACGACAAGAACGCCACGAAGCUGAACGAGCUCAUUCAGGCUGGGGCCACCACAGUCCGGUACAAAGGGAGGAACCUGCGGAUCAAAGCGCCCAUGUGCCGUGCCCUGAAGAAGCUCUGUGACCCGGACGGCUUGAGUGACGAAGAGGACCAGAAGCCAGUGCGCCUGCCCCUGAAAGUCCCCGUAGAGCUGCAGCCACGGAACAACCAUGCCUGGGCCCGCGUGCAGAGCCUCGCACAGAACCCGCGGCUCAGGAUGAUCGUGGAGCUCCAUCGAAAGGUCUCCAGCCUCAUCGAGUUCCUGAAGCAGAAGUGGGCACUUCAUGAAGUGCGAGUUCGGAAGAUGUUUGAGGAGCAGCAGCUGCAGGACUCGUCGGAGCCAUCGCAGGAGAAGGUGGCACUGCACCUGUUCCCGGGGGAGAACUGCACCCUGACCCCGCUGCCGGGCGUGGCCCGAGUGGUGCACUCAAAGGCCUUCUGCACGGUGCACUGGCAGGAGGGCGGCCGGUGCAAGCAGAGCACCAAGGACACCCACACGCUGCCCCCAGCCCAGAUCCUGGGCAUCCAGAGCGGGCAGGGCACAGCCAGGGGCCAGCUGAAGUGCCCACGGGGCGGCGCCGAGACCAAGGGCGGGGGGCGGCCUCCUCCCUCCACCGAUGCUUUGCAGAGCUCCGGGGAGAGUUCCCCUGAAAGUGCCCCUGGGGAGGGGGCCGCUGCAAGUUUCAGCAGCCCGGACGCCUCCGACAGGCUUCCACCUGGGCUCCAGGAUGCUGGGGGACGGCUUGAGAAGACCCCUGCGGCCGCUGCUGCAGAGGGUGGGGACGGCCCUGCCCGAGAACCCGGGGCCCUGGCGUGUGCCUGUGGCCAGCUCCCAGACCUGGAAGAUGAGCUCUCCCUCCUCGACCCCUUCCCCCGCUACAUGAAGUCCUGUCAGGACCUCAUCAUCCCUGAGCAGUGCCGCUGCGUAGACUCACGGCCCUCAGGGUGCCCCUCCCCAGAGACCCUCGUCCCCAGCAGCGCAGAGGUGGCCGACCUCGCCCGGGCCAGGGCACCAUCCCCUGUCCGCGUCCCGCCCGGCCCAGAGCCUCAGCCUAGCCCCGGGCUCCAGCCGGACGUUUGCACUAAAGACUUGGCAGAUGCGCCUGCGGAGGAACCCCAGGAGAAGGCGAGCCCCUUGGACCCCCCACCACCUCAGGGUCAGCCUGCCGCCAAGCCUCCAAAGGACAUCCCUGCCAGCCGGUUCGCCCAGCAGCUCCGCGAGGAGGGCUGGAACCUGCACACCUCUGAAAGCCUCACGCUGGCCGAAGUCUACCUCAUGAUGGGCAAGCCCAACAAGCUGCAGCUGGAGUACGAUUGGCUGGCAGUGCUGGGCCCUGAGGGCCAGGCCCAGGGCUCCCGCACCGGCUCCCCGCCUAACAGCUUCCACAGGCAGCGCCUCCUCAGCUGCCUCCUGAAGCUCAUCUCCACCGAGGUCAACCCCAGGCUGGCUCCAGAAGUGAACACUGGCUCCACGGCCUCAGUGAGGCCUGCCCAGGAGGAGCAGUCGACGACGCCCCCGGGGAAGGUGGUGACUGUCAGCUCCCGCAGCCCACGCUGCCCUCGAAACCAGGCUGCCCUCCGUCACAGCAAGACCUUCUCUCCCAGCUCCGCACCUUGCUCCUCAGGUUUGAGAAACCCCCCGAGGCCCCUCUUGGUGGCCGGUCCCUCCAGUGCCGGAAGCAGUGACUCAGAUGGUGGCCUUUUUGCCGUCCCAACAACGUUGCCGCCCAACAGCCGACACGGGAAGCUCUUCUCUCCCAACAAGGAAACAGAAUUGACGUUCCGUCAGCAUCUGAACUCCAUCAGCAUGCAGUCGGAUUUUUUCCUGCCAAAGCCCAGGAAGCUGCGGAACCGGCACCUGCGGAAGCCAUUGGUGGUCCAGAGAACACUGCUUCCUAGACCGUCUGAAAACCAGUCCCACAAUGUCUGUUCCUUCUCCAUCCUGUCGAAUUCUUCCAUAACUGGGAGAGGCUCCUUCCGGCCCAUUCAGUCCUCCCUGACCAAAGCGGCUCUGUCCCGGCCAAUUGUGCCCAAGGUUCUGCCACCCCAGGCCCCAGGCCACCUGGCCAGCGCUAUCGACUUAGCAGCUAAAAGCGCCGGCAUCAUCCCUGGGAGCCCCCUCCCCGUCCUGGAUGCCGACGGCUUGUCUGGCAUCUCUCCGCUGUCUUCAGAUGAGGUGACGGUGACUGUCUCGGGGCAGGACUCCACCAGCACCCACCAGAAUGGAGACCCCAUCCCCACUGUAGGGGGCACGAGCGACCCGUUCAUCAGUGUCCCCUCGAGGCAGAAUACGCUGGCAGACGGUUUCCAGAACUCGCCCGUUCUCUCCUUAUCCGAGCUGUCCAAGGCUCCUCUCCACAAUGGGCUCUCCACACCGCUGCCCUCGUCGGAGGCCUCCAGCACCCGGCUCUCUCCGCCCAACGUCUCUGCUCUGCUGGACAUCUCCCUGCCCGGCCCGCCCGAGGACGUGCUCUCUCAGGGAGAGCCCGCCACGCAGAUCAGCGACUCCAUCAUCGAGAUCGCCAUCAGCUCCGGCCAGUACAGUGAAGGAGUCCCUCUUUCUCCAGCAAAACUGAAUGGCAGUGACAGUUCCAAGAGUCUCCCCUCCCCGUCCAGCAGCCCCCAGCCAGACUGGAUCGCCUCCCCGACCCACGACCCCCAGUGGUGCCCCAGCGACCCCACGGACUCCUCACUCAGCAGCUUGUUUGCGAGCUUCAUCUCCCCAGAGAAGAGCCGGAAGAUGCUGCCAACCCCCGUCGGGACCAACAGCGGCACCUCCCUUCUGGGCCCCAGCCUGCUGGAUGGCAACUCUCGCGACUCGUUUGUGUCCCGGUCCUUGGCUGAUGUCGCCGAGGUUGUGGAUUCCCAGCUGGUGUGCAUGAUGAACGAAAACAGCAUCGAUUACAUAUCCCGGUUCAAUGAUCUGGCCCAAGAGCUGUCCAUCGCUGAGCCUGGCCGCCGAGAGGUUCUGUUUGAUGGCGGUGGAGGUGGCCCCCCGGUCGGUGACCUGUCCCAGUGACUGUGCCUCAUGGCUGGGGCAGCCCGGAGGCUGUGGAGGACAGCUUACAGGGUUGGUGGUCCUCGAGCGUCAUAGGGGUAGCCCUCUUUAGAAGAGAGAAAACAUAAAUCAAGCCCGGACUCCCAGGAGACAGUCUGAACAGAGGCACCUCUGCACCCAGAAUGUGCAACAUGCAGACAGCCAUGUCCCAGCAGGCCAAGGCAGUGGUGGCCAGGCGAUGAGGGAGCGUCCUCGGCAAGGCCAGUGUCAGACGUGGCCCUGGCGUCGGAGCCACCCCCUGCCAGGAGCAUGUGUUAGGGUCUGCGCGGUACCCACGCUUCUGCCUCGGUUGUUGUGUCAGACGUUCCAGGGCAUUUUCUUUCUGAGAGAAAGGAGUGGUGGGCCUGGCUGUCGUCGUUAUGGCCUGGGAGCUGUGACCUCCCGCUCUCUGCAGGGAGGCUCCAGGGCACUGCUGCGUUCUUUGCGGCAAACCAACUCCCUGCUCCGGUUGUUCCCUCUGCAGUGCGAGGACGGGGAGGACAGCUGGGCAUGACCUGAGACAGCGGACACUGCAGAGGACACUCCAAUCACGGGGCAGUGGGAGGGUCCCGGGGCAGCACAACUGGUGCCACCUCCCCAGAAAUCCUGACCAUGGCCUAGUGCUUCCUCAUCUGGAGCUUUUGUUCUGACUGACUCAACAGGAAGGGGGAAAAGAAUCAUGUCUUACGUGGGUUGUGUGGACUUUUAAAAAAAUCCCGCUAAGCUGGUCAGAAAAUGUUUUUUUCGUAUUUUGAGAAUUAGGAGACAUUGGAGAGGAAGAACAGCGUUCCUGUUUAGUUGGUUUCUUCCCCGCGUCUAUCUGCAAGUCUCUUCUCGGUGAUCUGAGAUGUUAUUUCUCUCUUUAGGGUGAUCCCCAAGUGCUCAUUUGACUACAGAUAAGACUUUCCUGAUGAUCUUGAACUUCUAACAUAUUCCUGCCUAGCAUUUUGGACAGAUGCCAUUUGCAGGGAAAGUUUUCUCUUCCUUUCCUUGGCAUCAGUGCAGAGUAUGCCCCAAUGCAUAUGUAUAAUCCCUUGCUUGUAUUUCUGCCUCAUGGUCUCCUGUUUCUCUUCCUCCUGUUCAGGGAAUCCAGGCAAGGGUCAGACAUCACGCGCAGUCAGAGUGCGCUGAACCCACAUCCCUCUGGUGUGCUCCUUGAGCCUCCUUGGAUGACCAGCCGUCACCAUCUUGGGUAGUGCAACAUCCAGUCUUUCCCCAGAAUGGAGUUAACACAGCUCCUCUGCCUUCUCAGCCUUGCGGGGCCAAGCACACAAACCACCAUCCAGGCACACCCCUUGUGGCUGGGCACCAGUGCUGUGGUUUUGGGGCACCACCCCACCUGCUGCUUACCCCCGCCCGGCAGCCGCAGUCAGUGUGGCUUCUUGAAUCCGCCCCAGCCCACCACUGUUAGUGUUCAUCACCUUGCCUCUCUCCCAGCUCACUGUGGACCGGCAGCCUUCGAGGCCAGCUGGGCCCUCUCCUCUGGUUCCUCCCCCUGCCCGCCCGCCCCCCCCCCCCCGGCAAAGAGAUGAGCCAGUGUGCAAGGAGAGGGGAAGGUCCUUCGCAAGUACAAGCAGAGGGGCUGCUCUUGAUCCUGCCGCCUCUCCAGAGUGGUCGGCUGCUCCAGGCUACAGGCUGGGUUGUCUCCUCCAAGCCGCAGAGGAAGCAGGACAGUGGCUUCCAGGCGGUAGCUUCCUUCCUUCCUCUCCAGCUUUCCUCAGAGCUCUUGCCUGUCAUGUGGCCUCCCUCUUUCAGAUCUGGAUUUAGGCACAAACAUCACUAAGAAAAGCCUGUGUGGGCAGCCCUCCUGGGCUCUUGAGAAAACAGUCCCAAAGCUCUGGAGGUCUGAAAGAAAGGGAUGUGGUACCACUUUAAGAGAGAUAGACAGCAGUAUUUGAGUCCAGAGUCUCUUUAAACUAGCUUGUGUUUUGUGAUCAAUGUAUCAGCUUCCUGAAAUUAGCACCUUAUUGAGCCAAACAAGAUCAGUGGGUCUGUCUCUGGGCAUCCGACCCGGUUAGAUCCACAGUGGGUCAGGCCAAGGUUAGGCCACUGCCAGCUUUCUUGUAUUCCCACUGUCUGGGACCAGAGAUGCCAAGUAGCAUUACCGCAUCAAUGCCGGGGGCAGUGCCCAAUGGCAGUGUGCACUGCGCCAGGGACAGUAGUGAUCCCGAGCUGCUUAUCCAUCAGGGGACACCCCACAGUAGUCUGGUUGGUAGGUUGGCACCUGUCACCUGGUGGACGUCCAGCAGGAGGAAAACUCUGGAGAUCUGGAUAAGACUUUGUUGGCCCUUUAUUCAGCAGCACCUCCCUCUUGGGUCUCCCACAUAGACUCCAUUUGGGAGUAGCUGACUGGCCAGUGUCAUCCAGUGGGGAGGUGAGUUGCGGAGGAGAGUGGACUGACUCUUCUCACCUGUAAUAAAGCUGACAUGACUUCAGAGAACCCUGCUUCUCUAGCAACCAGACAGGUAUAAGCAUUUGCUUGCCAUGUUAAGGAAAAAUGGUGUCGUCUGUAGCAUUAAAAUGAUGGAUGCCUUUUCUCCCAGCCUAAAUGAUUAUACAUGUAUGAAAAUAAGCAACUGUUAUGUUAAAGGCUGGAAUUUUUCAGAAGACCCAAGCAGAGACGCCUCCCACUUCUGCGUCUCCCUCUGCCCUUCCAGCGGAAGUUGUGAUAGUGUCAGUAUACACCUGUGGCUUCCUUUGUGCAUUUGAGCAUGUUGUGAUUAAGACCAGGUCAGUUUCUCAGAAAAAUCUUCCCCUAGUCACUGUAACGUUGUCAGGGAUCUUUUUGCUGAUUCAUCUCUUCUAAAGAUUGAGACUGAAUAUCUUUGGUCUCAAGGGAGUUGUUUUUGCCUUGAUUCUUCAUUGUGAAUAUCCAGUGAUGAGCAUUCCAUUCUUCAGAAGGUGCAGAGGCAAGUUGAAGUUCGUGAUUCCACAUAAGGUUCGUGAUGGCAUUUGUCUCAUCCCUCUGUGUCUUCUGGGCGUAGGGUACUUGCUCAGGGAGUGGGGAUAUUUGGAACCAUUUCAUUGGUUGAUCCACUUGCUUUCCCACCUCAGUCCCAUUCUCUAGUAUUCUGUACCAUAGCCUCAUUACUGGUGGUGUCUUUUCAGUUUAAUAGCAUCUUUAAGUAGAUCACACCUUUGAAUCCAAACGUGUACAAAGAACAGUCAUAUAAUAAAAGACACUUGAAACAAGUGGAGGAGGAAAACAGCAGUUGCUUUUUCUUUUUAACAUUGAGAUCUAUCAGAUGCAUUUAGGAGGUAAUAUGGCACUUUGUCUUAAGAAAAAAAGAAACCCACAGCAAACCUUUCCUGACUUGUCAAAACUCUCCUAAUCCUACAGUAACUUGUAAGUCGUGUUAGGUGAGGUAAGUCUUGGAAGCACUACAGUAGCCCAUGCCCUUUGUUCUGUAACAGGAUAACCGGCUCUAGAACUUCUGGGCAGCAGAACUUAUUGCUAUUUUUUAUAAUAAUCGUUAAGCCAUAUCAUCUAAGGUUUUCGGCUUGUUUGAGAUGUGAAUUUGUUUUAUAGAUUAUAAAUAUACAUAUACAGUGUAUGUAUAAAGCAGAAUGCCUGUCCUUCCUGAUUAUUUUUUGUACCAUAUUGUAAAUUAUAUUAUUUAUUCUUUACCAAUUUUGGGAAUAAAAGGUGUUUGGUUAUUUAAUAUAAUAAACAAAAGCUGUUAAACUUCUUAUGUUUAAAUUUCCAGUUCAACUUGUAAAUCUGUUUUUAUUAUUGUGCAUAAAUACAUACUAAUACUUGA